UGGUUUCUUUUCUUCUCCAGCACUAAAACCAACUAACACCAGCACCACCACACCUACUUUGUUAAGCUCUGGCCUUUCACUUAAAGAAAAGAAAAAAAAAAAGCAAUCAUUUUUCAGUUGGAGAAUAUACAGUGCUCAAGUUGGUGCUGGUGGACUUAGGCCAAGGAAAAAUGAGUACAGCAAGAUUUAUCAAAUGUGUCACUGUAGGAGAUGGAGCAGUGGGGAAGACAUGUAUGCUCAUUUCCUACACCAGCAAUACCUUUCCGACGGAUUAUGUACCUACAGUUUUUGACAACUUCAGUGCAAAUGUGGUGGUGGAUGGUAAUACUGUCAAUCUUGGGUUAUGGGACACUGCAGGACAGGAAGAUUAUAACAGGCUUAGGCCACUGAGUUACAGAGGAGCGGAUGUGUUCUUGCUGGCAUUCUCUCUUACCAGCAAGGCAAGCUAUGAGAACAUCCACAAAAAGUGGAUACCUGAACUGAGACAUUAUGCUCCCAAUGUACCAAUUGUGCUUGUGGGAACCAAACUUGAUUUGAGAGAAGACGAGCAGUUCUUGAUUGAUCAUCCUGGAGCAGCACCAAUUACUACUGCUCAGGGAGAGGAAUUGAAGAAAAUGAUUGGUGCAGUCACGUACAUUGAGUGUAGUGCCAAAACUCAGCAGAAUGUAAAGAUUGUGUUUGAUUCUGCAAUUAAGGUUGCUUUGAGGCCGCCAAAGCCGAAGAAAAAGCCACGCAAGGCCAGAACUUGUGCAUUCCUCUAAUACCAAUAUGGUUGUAUUCAUAUUUGUCUUUAACAUUUUUCUUAUUCCCUCACAAAUGCAAUCCAACGUUAUAUUCAAUUUGUUAACUUUCACUUAAUUUCUCUCUCUGAACUUGUGGAAGAUCAAUACAAAAUGAGUACGAAAUGCUAA